AGUUCAGUUUAGUCUGCUAAUGCACGAGUGUGAGUGUGUGUGAUCUCUCACAAAACACACACACACGCGCGCGCGCGCUCUGAGUGACUGACAGCGGCUCUCAUUGACUGCCUGCAGGAAACACACGCGUCUGAGUGCCAUGCCGAAUAAAACCAAGAAAGACAAGGAUUCACCGAAAUCUGCAAAAGUGGGUAAAACGGGAGGGCAGGAAAACUCAGAGCAUGAGGGUUCGAAUAAGAAGGGCGCCAACAGCGUCCCACCCACCACACAACUGCUGAAGGGCAAAGCGGCCGGAUCUCAGGCUCCGGCGAAGAAGGAGAAGAGGCCGAGCUCGUCCAGAUUCAGCCUGAGCAACAAUCGAGAGCUACAGAAACUGCCGGCCUUCAAAGAUGUUCCUCCCGCCGAGCAGGAGAAGUUAUUUGUGCAGAAGCUGCGUCAGUGCUGCGUGCUCUUCGACUUUGUGUCCGACCCCUUGAGCGACCUGAAAUGGAAGGAGGUGAAGCGGGCGGCGCUCAGCGAGAUGGUGGAGUACAUCACUCACAACAGGAACGUCAUCACCGAGCCCAUCUAUCCUGAGGUGGUUCACAUGUUUGCAGUCAACAUGUUUAGGACGUUACCGCCGUCAUCCAACCCCACCGGCGCAGAGUUUGACCCAGAGGAGGAUGAACCCACGUUAGAGGCGGCCUGGCCACACCUGCAGCUCGUCUAUGAAUUUUUCCUGCGAUUUUUAGAGUCACCAGACUUUCAACCAAACAUAGCCAAGAAAUACAUCGACCAGAAGUUUGUGAUGCAGCUCCUGGAGCUGUUCGAUAGUGAAGACCCUCGAGAGCGAGACUUCCUGAAGACGACUCUCCACCGCAUCUACGGGAAGUUCCUGGGUCUCAGAGCUUACAUCAGGAAACAGAUUAAUAACAUUUUCUAUAGGUUCAUCUAUGAAACAGAGCAUCAUAACGGAAUAGCCGAACUACUGGAAAUAUUAGGAAGCAUCAUUAACGGCUUCGCCUUACCGCUGAAAGAAGAGCACAAAAUCUUCCUUUUAAAAGUUUUGUUACCUUUGCAUAAAGUCAAGUCCCUCAGUGUUUAUCACCCACAGCUGGCUUACUGUGUGGUUCAGUUUCUAGAGAAGGACAGCACACUUACUGAGCCGGUGGUGAUGGCUCUUCUGAAAUACUGGCCAAAGACUCACAGUCCAAAGGAAGUGAUGUUUCUGAAUGAGCUGGAAGAGAUUCUGGACGUCAUCGAGCCGUCAGAGUUUGUUAAAGUGAUGGAGCCGCUAUUCAGACAGCUGGCCAAAUGCGUCUCCAGUCCACAUUUCCAGGUUGCGGAGCGAGCUCUCUACUACUGGAAUAACGAGUACAUCAUGAGUUUAAUCAGCGAUAAUGCGGCGAGGAUCCUGCCCAUCAUGUUUCCCUCACUGUACCGAAACUCCAAAACCCACUGGAAUAAGACGAUCCACGGGCUGAUCUAUAACGCUCUGAAGCUCUUUAUGGAGAUGAAUCAGAAGCUGUUUGACGACUGCACACAACAGUUCAGAGCUGAGAAAAACAAAGAAAAGGCGAAGUGGAAAGAGCGCGAGGAGGCGUGGAUCAAGAUCGAGAAUCUCGCCAAAUCAAACCCACAGUUUCUCAUGUACAUCGACUCCACCAGCCUCAGCAGUCCGAUGGAUAUGGAGACAGACGGCCCGAUCAUUGAGGAUGUCAUGAUGCUAAAGAAAACUGUAGAAGAAGAAGCCACUCAGAUCCACAGAGACCAGCGUAAAGAACGUCCCCUGAUGCGACGCAAGUCGGAGCUGCCUCAGGAUAUGUCCACCAUGAAGGCCCUGGAGACGCACCGGCGUGCCGAAGACAUGAUCGGCGCCCAGGACGGCCACUAGAGGACCACAGACGCCCGAAACCCAGCCCAGCCCAAUCCAGUCCAGUCUCAGCCGCCGCGCACGAGCCGGCCGCGUCCAGCACCGACGACGAACGCCGGCGGCGACGGCGGCGCAGGACGGCCCCGGUGUGACCCACAAACACACACACGAACCCGUUCUGCCCUCCAGAACCGACCGCGCCGGAGCCCGUCCCACAUCCAGACCCCCUCGACCCGCGCUAGUCUAGUCCCGCCUCAUCCUCUUUUCCGCUUUCAUCGUCCGAUUGUCUCUUUUAGGCCGAACCGCAGACACCGGAGCACUCGUAUUCGGGGCGAGCGAACGAUUCUCAGGACGUUCGGAUCUCGUCGGCGGUUCGUGUCUUUGGCGUUUGAAUCGCGCUGGUCUCGCCAGUGCAAAAUCCCCUUCCGUUUUUGUCCAGAUACUUGGCAAUAAGUUCGUCCAGGGAGAUUUUGGUUGUUCAAACAAUGGCCUUACGGUGGUUAAUUAGUUUUUAGAUGAGCAUUAAAGCUUUUUAACAGGCAAUAGCGAAGGCUUUCUUCACCCAGUUCGACCAAGCCUUUAUUUGCAUAGAGUGCCUUUUUAGAUAAAGGAAAAAGUAUUUUGCGUCUGGCAUUUCGUGCUGGCUUUCCCGGACAAGCCCAACAGAAGAGAAAUUCUCCUGAUAAACUUGAACGAAUCCCUCUGAACCAUUGUUUGAACUUCCAUUGGGUUUCGCCUGGUCGGAGCUACGGUGCAGUUCUCUCUCUGCGUUCGUCCGUGCCGUGAUUUCAGAUGCUCGCAGGUUUUUAUUCUCGGCCCGUAUAAGCUU